AUGAAAAUGAAAGAAACUGCUGAAAGCUACCUCGGAACCACAGUGCACAAUGCAGUUAUUACAGUUCCAGCUUACUUCAAUGACUCCCAGAGACAGGCUACUAAAGAUGCUGGACAAAUUGCUGGUUUGAAUGUGCUUCGAGUCAUCAAUGAACCUACAGCUUGCCUGCUCUUGCUUACGGCUUGGAUCUCAGCAGAGAUAAACUUAUGUUGGAAAUUCAAAAAGGAGUAUUCGAGGUCAAGUCGACCAAUGGUGAUACCUUCCUUGGUGGAGAGGAUUUCGAAAUUCAUUGCCUCCUUUUUGGUUAAUCAUCUAGUUCCGAAUCAACGUCGAGCAAUGAUGAAUCUCACAAAGGACCCUAUGGCAAUGCAGCGACUGCGUGAAGCUGCCGAAAAGGCGAAAUGUGAGUUAUCGUCCACCACCCAAACCGACAUAAAUCUUCCAUAUCUUACAAUGGACGCAGCGAAGUUCGAGCAGCUUGUCGCGGACCUUAUUAAGCGUACGGUGGAGCCCUGCCGCAAGGCCAUGCAUGAUGCUGAGGUGAAGCCGUCAGAGAUUGCUGAGGAGGUAUGUCUCGUAUGCCAAAGGUACAACAAACCUGUCCAAGAGGUGUUUGGACGCACCCCGUCGAAAGCUGUGAACCCCGAUGAAGCUGUCGCUAUGGGAGCGCUAUCCAAGGAGCUGUCUUGGCCGGAGUUUGCAGGACGUAGCUGCAUGUGCUUUUCUCGAUGUGACACCCGCGCUUUCACAUGGGUACUGAAACCCCUGAGCGUGAUGACGAAACUUCAUUCACGUAACACUACCAUUCCCACAAAGAAAAGCCAGGUAUUUUCAACAGCAGCUGACGGUCAAACACAGGUGCAAAUCAAGGUUUGUCAAGGUGAACGUGAAAUGGCGAAUGAUAAUAAGUUGCUGGGACAAUUCUCAUUGGUUGGCAUCCCUCCAGCUCCUCGUGGUGUACCUCAAAUUGAAGUAACUUUCGAUAUCGAUGCGAAUGGUAUCGUUAAUGUAUCCGCCCGAGACCGCGGCACUGGAAAGGAACAACAAAUUGUGAUUCAGUCCUCUGGUGGACUCUCCAAAGAUCAAAUUGAGAACAUGAUUCGAGAAGCCGAGAAGAAUGCUGCUGAGGAUGCUAAGAAGAAGGAGAUGGUUGAGGUGCUCAAUCAAGCGGAAGGCAUUAUUCAUGACACUGAAAGUAAAAUGACAGAGUUCGCCGAUCAACUCCCCAAAGAAGAGGCUGAGGCUCUAAAGAAGAAAAUCGAGGAGACCAAAACGAUUCUGGCGAAUAAGGAGAACGAGAAGCCCGAAACUAUCAAGGAAGCUGUCAGCUCUCUCCAGCAGCAGUCGCUGAAGUUGUUCGAGGCGGCGUACAAGAAGAUGGCAGAGAAGAACGCUGGAGGUACUUCAGAUGCUCAAGAAGCCAAGACCGCUGAAGAGCCAAAGAAGGAGCAAAAUUAA